GCUGGGCACUUCUGAACAAGAACAUGGAAGUUGCACAAAAGCACAAAACUGCAGGAAGGAUUAACUUAUCCUACUGAAAGCUGCACUGCCAAGGUGGCACCAGAGCCUGAAAAUGCCUAUUUCUUUUCCAGCCCCACAGUCUGAUUGCUAAAUAGAGCUAUCUACACAACUAAAUAUUUAAAGCAAAAAAGCAGCUAGUAAACAUGAAGCAGUCUUCCCACCCAAGACAGUUUGUGGUUAAUAGAUGUUCUCAGCAACUCCAAACUGCUAUCAUCACUCCAAGCAGCAGAAACUGUAAAUGACAAAGCAAGUUUAGCUUCCUCUGUAUCAGAGAAUUCCUCAGGGGUAACGAAGCUCUAGGAUACAUUCUUCUCCCCGUGCCAUAUACCACUUUCUACUGCAGGAUGGGAAGUUUUCCAGCCCUGCUGCUCCUGCUGGUGCUACCAGGAUCACACAUGGCAGCAGAGGACACACAAGUCUUUCUGCAAGUACCAGGAGAGUCCUUCAGAGCUAACUGCUCAUACGACGUGCACAAGCACUCACGUGAGAAGAAAUUCUGGUGCAAGGAACAAUCAGAAAAACAUUGUCCAGUCUUACCCUUGAGCUUCCCUUCAGAAGAAAGGAUUGCUCCUAGCCCUGCACUGCACCCUCCAGCUGAGCUGAGAGACUCUGGAGGCGGUUGGUUUUCUGUAAUCAUGACAGCACUUCGAAAAGAGGAUUCUGGCACAUACCAGUGUGGAGUUUGGGUUGAAAUGAAGCAAGUUUUGCUGCAAAGAAUACGGAUGGUGGUUUCACCUAAGGAACCUGUAACAGUGUUUGCCAAAAAAGGGAAAUCUCUGUUCCUCCACUGCUCCUAUUCUGCACCAAUCAACACUGGAGAACUUCAACAUUUUAUUUGGUGCAAAAUGGUGUCCCAAAUUACUUGUCACCCUAUUAUCAGAGGUAAUGCUGAUCAAAGUAUUGUUAAAGCAGAGAGGACUGAAAUGAUGAAUGACUUCUCAUGGAAAAUGAUUAGAAUGUGGCUGAAAAAGCUCCAACUUAAUGACUCAGGAGAGUAUCGUCUUGAGAGCCAUCUCCAGGGGAGAAACAAACUACUGAGGAGGAUCGUGCUGAAAGUUUUGGCCAGUGCAGAAAGCAGCAAAGCAGAAAGCACUGAGUGGAAACAAUCUGAUCUUUCUGACCGGACUGAAAAACGCAGGAGGGGAGGGGAAAAGUGGAAUAUGGAUGGCAGCCCCACAGACAACAGCAGAAAGGACCAGAGGACUCCCUAUGCUGUCAUGGUGCUGAUUUCCCUGCUGGCUACGGCUGCCCUGAUCGCUACUGUUACACUCAUCACCAGCUGCAUCGGGAAGAAAAGAGCAGGAAAAGAGAUGGACUUUGACAGACACCCUGCUUUCAGAAGGGGAGUGCUACAGGAAGGAAGAGAAAAAGCAAGUAGAAUAUCAGAUGGGGACCACAGUGAGAGUACGAUAUAUGCUGCAAUAAGGCACCAACCUCGACCCAAACCUGAAGAUGUGAUGUAUGUCAACAUACAGCCUUCACCGAAAGUUUCCUUCCUUCAGGAACCACCUGGGAGCUCACAUCCCUCAGGGCCUGUGGAAUAUGCUACCCUUAUCUUCAAGGACACAGCUCCACAGUCUGAAAUUGAAGAGAGAAGAACAGGCCCACUGAAAGAAAGCAGCACAAAGCCUUCAGCUUAUUGAUGGAACGCUGCUGAACUGAGCUUAGAAACAACCCGCACGUAACCAAUUGCUGGAGAUGCGUACACACAGCACUGCUGAAAGGAUGAGACACAUGGAUGCACAAAUCUUCCCUGAAAAACAACCAAACUUUUCUAAUAGCACAGCAGCACAAUUCAGCUAUCAUGAACAAACACUGUGAAAGGCUGGGGCGUAUUUGCCUUCUGUUCAGGGCUCUAUUUUUAAGCAGUGAGCAACUAUAAGCCCGACUUCAGGAAACAGGCGGGCUGUGAUAGCAGCAGAUCCAGUGCCACAGCCAGCAAUGGGCUGCGAGAUAUGGGAGCACAGCACUUCUGCUUGGACUUCCAACUCACUUAAAUAUCUGCAUGUGAAAUGUUAAUUACUGCCCACUGAUUAGGACCAAAACAGCAAAAUGGUAAAAGUACCUGCUGAAUUUCAGCACAGUUGUUUUGCGUACUUCAGGGAGACAAGUAACGCUCUCAGUUUCAACAGCAACAAGUAAUGCCUGGUUUCACCAAACCAGGGCUUUGCUGAAUAGUAUUUGUCCACUUAAAAUGUCUUCAGUCUGAACAUACAGUUGCAGAAUUCAGACUGUAUGUAUAACUUUGGGUUUCCUUGCCUUCCCUGCUUGUUUAUUAAUGCCACACUCGUGCUACAGCAUAACUCUGUCUUGGCUCUGUUAUAAGUUUCACUCAUUCUGAUCAAACUACUGAAUCCUGUUAUCGUGGUGAUCAACACCCCUAGGAAUGAUGGAUAACUCCUAGAAUAAAGCUGACUAAGAUUCUCACCUCAGCUCUCUGAGUUGGAUCCACAGCUGCUGAACAUGACACAGAAAUGGCUUUUGUUUUUUUAUAUUACAACUGGGAGAAAAGGAACGUGAAAAGGCACAGUCAGCAAUUAAUCAUAUCACCUGCACAGAAACUCCACUUUGCCUGCGGGUUCUUCUCCAUUUCUGAGGAGACGUGGGGAGAGGAGAGGGGAGAGAAGAUGAAACUUCUCUUGCCAAGUCUGAUGUGGCUACAGGACAUCAGGGUCUUUGCUGUUAAAGCUGAGAUGACUUUGUCACUCUAUCGCAAAUUCUCUGAAAACAGUACCAGAAAAAAAACAUUAAAAUAACUGCUAACUAUAUGUGUGUGUGCUUUU